CACACAAGUACCAGGCACUCCCGUGCAGCCCAGCAAAAUGUCUUUCUCCUGAAGUGCUGCUCAUCACAGCCUCCAGAUCCCUGACGAUGUUGCCAUGCUUCCCUUCCUGCCUCCUGCCUUUUGCUGCCUUUGCCGGCCUGCUUCUCCUGCCUGGGGCUCAUCUCUGCCCUGCUGUUUGUAGCUGUAUGGACUACCACACCAUAGACUGCCGGGAUCAAGGACUCCCAAGUGUUCCCAACCCCUUCCCAUUGGAUGUACGGAAACUUCUGAUAGCUGAUAACAACAUUCAGGCAAUACCAGCUGAUUUCUUUAUAUUUUAUGGAGAUCUGGUCUAUUUGGACUUCAGGAAUAACUCGCUCACCUCUUUAGAAGAGGGCACUUUUAGCAGUUCUACCAAACUGGUGUAUUUAGACUUGAGCUACAAUAAUUUAACCCAGCUCGAUGCCGGGAUAUUCAGAUCAGCAGAGAAACUGAUCAAACUGAGCCUUGGGAACAACAACCUGGUGGAUGUGGACGAGGCUGCUUUUGAGAAUCUGGACCAGCUGCAGGUGCUAGAACUGAAUGACAACAACUUGCAGAGCCUGAACGUGGCAGCCCUGGAAGCUCUGCCCUCGCUGAGGACCAUCCGCUUGGAGGGCAACCCCUGGGUGUGCGACUGUGACUUUGCCAACCUCUUCAGCUGGAUCCAGGACAAUGCAUCCAAGCUGCAGAAAGGUCUCCAUGAAAUCCAGUGCUCCCUGCCCGUGGAGAACAGAAGGAUCUUCCUGAAUGAGUUAUCUGAGGUCAGCUUCAGUGAAUGCAAAUUCAGUUUGUCCUUGACAGACCUUUUCAUCAUCAUCUUCUCUGGGGUGGCUGUGUCCAUUGCUGCCAUCCUCUCCAGCUUCUUCCUGGCCACCCUGGUGCACUGCUUCCAAAGGUGUGCUCCCAGCAAGGAUGAUGAUGAAGAUGAAGACGACUCUGAGGACUGAACUCAAUCAAAAUCCUUAAUUUUCCUUGGUUUAUCAGUUACCAGAUCAUCAGCCAAAGUCUAGGAGGUUAAAAAAGCAGAGUGAAAGCUUUAAACAUGAUUUAAACUCACAAUGUGUAAGGAUCUCUUCUGCUGGUCACAGGCAGGAAUGGCAGACCUGGGACUGUCACCUCCUCUUGCACAUGUGCUGCAAUCACACCAGGCUGGUUUCCAUGGUCCUUAACCAAACACUGCAUUUAAGCUUGAAGAUUGAAGGAAAAGAGGGGGGAAAAGCCAAAAAAAAAAAAAAAAGUUCCAAUAUUUUAAAAGAUGAGUUUCCAGAUUGUCCUGUUGAAAUGCAGAUUUUCAUCAGUGCUUGAAGCUUGUUCUAGAUACACCUUGGAAAUGACUGCAUGAAUGGACCUGGCUCAGGUUGAAAAUACAGAAGCAAUUCAAAAUAGUAUCCUUUCUAGAUCUAAUACUGGGAGAUUCUAUUAAACCUCCCACAAAAUGCAAUUAAAAUGAUUCCUAGAAUUGUAGAAAGCACGACAGGAAGGUUGGCAUUUUCCCCCUACAAAAGUUCUCCAGAAACAUUCAUCCUCCAUUUAAUGACAGCAAUUGCAGGCACCAUUCAGCAAAAAAAAGUAAAUUAUUUCUGUAAGUGAAUAUGAUUGUGGAUUUGAGUCAUCCACUGCAGAUGCCUGGCACUUCUUCGGUCAUGGCACAAAUCCUAAAUUUAACAUUCUCUUGCAUUUUUAGAUGCAGUGAAGUAAAGGAUUUCCCUCCCCAGUAGCUGUUGCAGCAUCCAGUCCAUUUAGCUAUUUUAAAGCACUAAGGGCUAUAUUCUGCUCCUGGUUAUACUGGAAUAACCCAAAUGAGAUGAACACCAUGAUCCAAAUUGGCAACUCUAUAAACAAAAGUGAAAUCUGGCCCAACAUAUUUCUGACUGUAUUAUAGAUUUGUCAAAACUUGAGCUCUUCUAUAUGAUGGUAGAUAUUUUUGUUAACAUUUAAAAAGACAUUUAUUACAAGAGAUUUUUGGAAUAGUGCUGGACAGCUUUUUAGGAUAAGUAUAUUUUUAAAACAUUUGAAAUGGAAAUAUUUUUUUAAAGCUCUGUGUAUUUAAAUUGUUAUCUAGAGUAGCUGUGAGGGCUUGAAGUAAUGAACAAUAGUGAUAAGCAAGCUAAGGACUUUGUGCUAUUAUAAAAUAAUUAGAGCUGAUAAAAAGUAGCAUUUAUUUAAUGACUGCAAAUGCUAUUAUUUCUUUUAAAAAGCACUCUUUGUUCAAAAUACUGCCUUGCUCAGAAGGAGGGAGCCACCCUGCGUGCUCAGGGGUGCCAGGGUCCAUCAGCACUCCUGGGGAUCCCCCCAGCAGGGAUCAGCUGGAAAACCUUCAGAGAACCACAGUCUGUCUGUCUGUCUGUCUGUCCGUCUCUCUGUCCGUGCCUCAGCUCCAGGACCUGACCAGCACAGCAACGCUGAUCCCUCUGAGGAGACUGGGGGCUGCAGGGGGAGAGCUCUGCCCUGGGGGUGUGCUGGGGUCUGCCCUGUCUG